CAAGGCAUUGACAUCAUUAACUUAUUUGACAAAAGUGAUCACCCCCCCUCUCUUCCACCACCCACUAUUGCUAUUUUCAUUUUCUUUUUUAACUCUCUUUCUAAUGCUAGUGGUUGUCUCCCUCUUGUUACCCUUUUUCUUAUUCAUAGACUCACAAUGAAACUCUGAAGUAUGUUAGCAGCUAAACACCCCAAAGGGCAGUAGUAUUGUAGUUAAAAACUUUGUAGUACAUGGGGGAUGAGAGAUGGAGGAUAAUAAUAAUAAUAACAACAACAAAGCAGAGAAGCAGCAAGAUGAUAGUAGCCACCACCACCCAUCUCUCCUCCUUCCUAACCCUAAUCAUAGCACCACCAUCAACAACAACACCAAGGAGGAUCAUCAUCAUAGGUUGAAGAGAGAUGAGUGGAGUGAAGGGGCUGUGACAACCCUUCUUGAGGCCUAUGAGGCCAAAUGGGUGCUGAGAAACAGAGCAAAACUUAAGGGCCAUGAUUGGGAAGAUGUUGCAAAACAUGUCUCAGCAAGAGCAAACUCCACCAAGUCACCAAAGACUCAGACACAGUGCAAGAACAAGAUUGAGUCCAUGAAGAAAAGGUACAGAUCAGAGUCUGCCACCACUGCUGAUGCCUCCUCUUCUUGGCCUUUGUAUUCUCGCCUCGACGUUCUUCUUCGCGGGACCGCACCGAUAUCUUCUUCACUGUCACCACCACCUAUAGCAGCAGCAAGACCAAUAAUAGCAGCACCAUCGUCUCAAUCACCACAUAACCAGGCUUUGGUGUUGUUGGAGCCACCUCCUUCUGUUGCUCCUCCACCAAUUGCAAUUGCACAAAACUCAUAUGGCUCCAAUGGUGUUGAAAGACUACUAGCAAAGGAAGAUGGGAUAGGAGCCAAGUCAUCUGAGCAUGUAUCUAACAAGAAUCCAAUGGACUCGGAUAGUAGCACACCUGCCCUUUACAGUGAAAAGGACAAGGUGAGAUGCAACAAGAGGAAGAUGAAAAGUGAGAACAACAAGAGGAGAAGGAAUAAUAAUAAUGAAGACAUGGAAAUAGUAGAGAGCAUAAGGUGGCUUGCUGAAAUGGUGGUGAGGUCAGAACAAACAAGAAUGGACACAAUGAAAGAGAUUGAGAGGAUGAGAGUUGAAGCUGAGGCAAAGAGAGGAGAAAUGGAGCUUAAGAGAACUGAAAUCAUUGCCAAUACACAACUAGAGAUUGCUAAGAUCUUUGCAAGUGUCAAUAAAGGUGUUGAUUCUUCACUAAGAAUUGGAAGAAGUUAAUUAAGGGUAUAUUAUGGGAGGUGAUCACAUGUUUGGUAUGUGUACAAAUUUUAUAGUCAACAUAAUAUAGAUUGAAUGAGAGGGAAAAUUGUAACAAGUAUGUAAUAUGUAAUUGGCCUAACCAGUGAAAGAGAGCUCCAUAUAUACGGUAGGGAUAAUAAUUAUCUCUCCUAACUUUAAUUAUAUACUUCUAAUUGUAACCUUCUCUUUCAUUAAUUAUAAGAAAUGAAGGGAUACUUCUUCUAUUAUGUCUUUCA